AUUGAGAGUUUGAAUAGAAGAUCUAAGAAAUUUAAUUCAUAUGGAAGUUUAAGAUUUGAAAAAGAACGGUUAGAUACAUUUAUCGAAUGGCCAAUAGAAGAAUGGGUGAAACCAAGUGAAUUGGCGCGUGAUGGAUUUUUUUAUUUAAGAACAGAUGAUAAAUGUGUUUGUGUUUUUUGUAAGGGUAUUUUAACAAAAUGGGAAGAGAAUGAUACGCCAAGAGGUGAACAUAAGAGACAUUUUCCUCACUGUCCAUUUAUAAUGAAUGAACCUGUAGGAAAUGUUUCACUUGAACAUGGAGAAAUAAUCUCAAGAAUAUCAGAAUUAGCCUUAUAUGAUGAUAGUAAUGAUAAUAGAUUUGUAUUUAAAUCAUUUUUAUUGGAUGUAAUUGAUGAUUUUCCCAAUAUUAUUCCAAGACAUAUGCCAGGAUCUUAUGCAGAAUGUGAGGGACCCAAUAAUGAUAAUAAUGAUGAUAAUGAUGAUGAUGAUGAUGAUAUGUUAGGAGGAGGUGACAUGUUAGAAUUAUUUAAAUAUACUUUACCCUAUCGAAAUGACUAUCACAAGUAUAAGAGUAGACUUAAAAGUUUUAGAGGGUGGCCUAACACUCUUAAACAAAGAGCAGAACAACUAGCUGAAGCAGGAUUUUUCUAUCGUAAUUUAAGUGAUCAU